UUGCCAACCGAGUCAGUCCCAUUGUGGCAUCAGUCGAGCACGGUCUCGAAGGGAUUGUAUUGGACCAAGGACUACCCAAAAUAUGCGUACGGCGUUGUUACUCUUACUAGGCCUUUUGGCCUUAAAUUACUUCGAGGAGGGAGCUGCCCACGUGGUGCCCUUGCCGACUGUCGGUACCUACUUGAUCCCCCAGCCAGCACCAGUGCUUCUACUGGUCCAGACACCACCUCCUCCCCCGGAGGAUGAUGGCUUGUACAAGCCACCCUCGAGUGCAGAGGACGGUCUAUGGAAACCUCAGCCAGGCUUGGAGGGCGAGUACGUGGACCCGGAAGUCAGUCAGUCUGGCUCUGGAAGCGUCGGCUCCGUCGACUCUGAACCUGGCCCCGCCCUGAUUACCUCCAGCGCGGGCAGUGCUCUUCCGCAAGAUGCACCUUCAGCUUCCGCAGAGGCAGGCGGAGCGGGUGAGGCCGGAAAGGCCGGACAAGCUGGCGGAAUCCUUGGCGGAGCUGGAGGUGCCGGUGGAGCAGGAGGCGGUGGUAGUGCCGGUGGUGGUGGCGGUGGCGGAGGCGGAGGUGGCGGCGGUACACUCACCUCUGGACAAAGCGGUGAAAAUGGACAGCCAGGAGCCCCAAGUACGGCGGGUGCACAGCCCGACGGAGAAGAUGGUGCCGACGGUGCUGAUGGACCUGACGGCCCGGACGGCUCCAAAGGGGGAAAGGGUGGCAAGGGGGGCAAGGGAGCACGCAACGGCGCCGGCGGAGGAGGAGGUGCUGGAGGAGCUGCCCCCCAGCCAGCGUCGCCACCUGCCGUGAUUCCCGUCCAGGCGGUAUUAGUACCUGCUCCUGUUUGGGAGAACAAUUUAAUUCACGUGGCCUAGAAGCCCCAGCCAUGAAGUGCCUUAAUCCCUUUCGGAAGUCCCACUAGUUCUACGUAGUCUGCAGCUAGUCAAUAUUUUUGGAGCCCACAUUAAACCUAAGCUAAGGCAAACGAAUAUUAAAGUUCGAUUACAAAGCAAAAA